GCGGAGGGCGGGGAGGAAUCCCCUGGCCUCGCCGUCCCCGAAAUGAGGAGAAACAGCCUCACCCAGCCCGAGCGGAGAGCGGGGAGAGUCAGUGAUGUACAGCUCGUAUCCCGCCGCCUUUGUGACGGUUACGCGUCCUUCGCUCCCACGGCAACGCCAGCCAGAGCCUCUCCUUUAUGAUGGACAGGGCACUCCACCAAUCAGUAAAGAAGGCGUGUCGCCUCAGCGAAUCAAGGUACUGAGACAAAAGGCCACGCCCACCAGUUGAGAAAGGCGCUGCAGCGCUGCUUGGCUAGUUGCUGAGCAGCCCCUCGGUGAGUGAAAGGUCCCAGACAAGUGCGAUGGGAGGAGCUGUGUAGCUCUCGAAGGCAGCCUGCUGAGAGGCUUUUCCCUGCAGCGGCUUGGGGUCUGUGGAGAGGAGAACUGAAGGAAAAUGAACCAAAUUCAAUCUUUGCUCAAUGAUUGCCUCAUCAAAACAAAACAUGUGGAACAUGCGGCCAUCAUCAAAUUAAAGGAUGAGACUGUAUGGGCAUCAACCCCUGGCUUUAAUCUGCAGCCACAGCAUGCCUUACUCCUCAGCUCUGCUUUCUUCAAGAACUUAUUACACGUCAGAAGGGAAGGACUUUACUUCAAGGAGCAGCAUUAUAAAUGUGUCCGAGCAGAUGAGUGCUCCAUCUAUCUUAAAAAUGAGGACAUAGGUCUGAUAGCUGUGAAAACAGAUUCAUACAUCCUGGUUGCUACUUACUCUGAGGGCAUGUAUCCCAGCGUGUGUGUGGAAGCUGUAGAGAAACUGGCGAACUAUUUCAGAGAUAAGGAAAACUGAAUCUGCAAACAACUUAAAAUUGAUCAAGCGUAUGAGACUGUUUUGUUAGAAAACCGCAGAUGGAAGUUUGUAAUGAAGCACAUCCAAGCAAGCAAGACGAUAUCCAUUAUUCCGCAAUAUUCUUAGUGCAUAGUGAAGGCUCUGAAAGAGAAGGAUAAUCCACAGCAUUUGAAUCGCACCAGUGCAGCCUAACAGCCCCCUAAAUUGUCAGCUCCACCAUCUUCAUGCCCCCAAAUUACAGCUCAUAAAUCCAUGCAUGUGUGGUAGCAUUUGGGCUCUAGUUUGGAUGGGUUCCAAGAGUCUAAAAUUGCAAGAUGCUGAGCGUCUCCUACAAGGUGCUGAGUACCCUCUACACACAGUGACUUCCCUGGAAGUUGAGCCCUUUCUCCACAUCUCCUAUAGGAGUCGAUGGUGCUCAGCACAUCAUAGGAUCAGGUCCGAAAACUAUAACUUCAUAUCAUCAAAAGUACAGUUGGGUGAUGUUCUCAAGAGACUGAGUUAAGGUGUUUUUCUUCAUUUUAACACUAUUGUUUUUGUUUGGGUAAAAACAAUCUCCUAGUAAGAAAGCAGUUAAUUUUUCUGAGCUGUGAGGCAUCUCUCACAGGAGAUGUACCAUAUACACAGCAUCAAAACUGAGUAGAUUAAUGAAAUGUGUUGCAUUAACAUGAAGUUCAAUGUAAGAUCACAAAUUGCAUUGCAUGCCUUGGAAUGUCUUGAAUAAAAUGCCAUUUUUAUA